AUGGUCAUGAAGCCUGGGAGCCGCAGGCCGCCACAGGAGCCGUCCGAUGAAGAAUCGGACGGUGAUGGAGGCGGGGACUUCGGAACCAUGGUUAUGAAGCCUGGAAGCCGACGCGACAGCGGGAGCGGCGGCGGCGGCGGUGGUGGAUGGCGUGGGGGAGGUGAUAAUAAAGGGGGACAGUAUGCAGGAGAUAGUGACGAGGAAGGGGGAGGGGAUUUCGGAACGAUGGUGAUGCGGCCACGUGGCACGCGACGAGAAGACGAUGACGGGAGUGGUGUGGAAUCGGAAGGCUCAGAAGGAGGGGAUUUCGGAACCAUGGUGGUUAGUCGCGGAAGUAAAGGAAGCAGCGGGAGAGGCAGGAGAAGGGACGAGGAGGAGGAGGAUGACGAGGAUGAUAAUAACGGGGAUUUUGGGACAAUGGUGGUGAGCAGAGGGGGUGGAAGGCGGAGAGGGGGGCAAGAGGAGGAGGAAGAGGAGGAAAGCGAGGAAGGUGAUUUUGGAACGAUGGUGGUUAGUAGGAAGAGUGGGGGAGGAGGGGGGAGGGGAAGAGCGGAAAGAGAGGAGGAAGGGGGAGGGUUGGCAGCCGCUGCUGCUAGCAUGCGCGCUCAAAUGGGGAGGGGUGGUGGGGGGAGAAGGGGAGGAGGGGGAGGAAGAGGAGGGCGGAGGAGAGAGGAGGAGGAGGAAGAGGAGGAGAGUGAUGGAGAUGGGGACUUCGGAACGAUGGUUGUGAGUAAAACGAAGGGUAACAGGAGGCGAGAAGAGGAGGAAGAGGAAGAAGAGGAAGACGAGGAGGGUAGUGAAGAGGGGGAUUUUGGCACAAUGGUGGUGAGCAAGUCGGCUAAAAAGAAGGGACGGCGACGAAAGGAGGAAAGCGAGGAGGAGGAAGAGGGAGACUUUGGAACGAUGGUUGUUUCGAAACGGCGAGGCCGAAGCGACGACGAGGAAGAAGAGGAAGACGAUGACGAGGAUGAUGAGGAUGAGGAGGAGGAAGAAAACCAGUUUGGCACUGUGGUGGUAUCUGGGAAGAGCAAGGGGGGAGGGCGGAGGAAGAAGGGGGGGAAAGGAGGGAAGGGGGAGAAGGACGGGACUGGAUCACUGGCAGCAGCGGCAAGGAGCAUGGCGGAGCACAAAGACGUGGCUCCCAAGGCGAAGAAGGGCGGGGGAGGGGGCGUGGCAGGGUCGAGCAUUCACGUGUCUAGAGAAGACCCCACCCUGAAAUACGAACUGCUGGAAGAACUGGGCAAGGGUUCCUACGGUUCGGUGUACAAGGGCAGAGACCGUAUUAGCUCUGAACUGGUGGCUAUCAAAGUCAUCUCCCUGGCUGAAGGGGAGGAGGGAUUUGAGGAGAUAAGGGGAGAGAUCGAGAUGCUGCAGCAGUGCAACCACCCCAACGUCGUGCGCUACCAUGGCAGCUACCAGGGAGACGACUUCCUCUGGAUUGUGAUGGAGUACUGUGGUGGCGGCAGCGUGGCUGACCUCAUGAACAACACGGACUCGCCGCUUGAGGAGGGCAUGAUUGCCUACGUCUGCCGGGAGUCUAUUAAGGGCCUGGCCUACCUGCACGAGAUAGGCAAGGUGCAUCGCGACAUCAAGGGAGGCAACAUUCUGCUGAGCGAUUCGGGGGAGAUCAAGCUGGGCGACUUUGGGGUGGCGGCACAGCUGACUCGUACCAUGUCCAAACGCAACACGUUCAUAGGCACGCCCCACUGGAUGGCACCGGAGGUGAUUCAGGAGAGUCUGUACGACGGCAAGGUGGACGUGUGGGCGCUGGGCAUCACUGCCAUCGAAAUGGCCGAGGGCCUGCCACCGCGAUCCAACAUCCAUCCCAUGCGAGUGCUUUUCAUGAUCUCCAGAGAACCUUCACCCACAUUAGAGGACCCCGAGAAAUGGUCCCUGCUGUUCCACGAUUUCGUGGCCAAGUGUUUGAUCAAGGAGCCCAAGCAGCGCCCCACCACGCCAGCACUGCUGCAGCACAAGUUCAUCGAGCGGUGCAAGGACACGGCUGUGGUGCUCAAGAAGCGGAUCGACCAGGCCAAGGCGAUGAGAGAAGAGGCGAAGAAGCAGCGGCUAGCUGCCGCUGCCCUGGAGGAGCAGAACAGCGUUUCGGAAGAUUCCAUGGGCACAGGCACGGUGAAGCAGAGGGGGGACGCCAUGGGGGGGACAGUGAAGGCACGCUCUGCUCCCUCCGCCUAUGCUGAUGAUGACGAACCUGAUUUCGGCACGUUUGUGAACAAGGACUAUGAGUCCGAGGAUGAGGCCAUGGACACGGGCACGAUGCGCGUCGCCAAGUCAGACGAGCCGUCCGCCAAGUCAGCAGCCGCUACGUCAGCAGCAGAGGGCGUGGAGUCGUCUUCUGAUAACAUCGGUGCGGCGCUGGCAGCGCUGGGGGGGCAGCGCAAGGCCAAGCCGGCCCAGGCCAAGUCCGCCCCAGCGCGCCGAUCAGAGCGACCACCUGUCCCGCCGAAGCAAGCAGCAGCAGCGGGCAUGGAGCUAGAAGCGAAGAGGAGGAAGGGCACGGACUUCUUCGCGGGGGCAAGACAGGCCAUGGAGGAUGGGACGAGGCAGGCCAUUGCUGACAGCACCCGACCCGCUCAGCGAGCCAGCCCUGGGCUGCAGGAUAAGCUAUCAGCAGUGUAUGCAGCGGGCAACACAGUCCCCAUCCCCUUCCUCCGAGCAUGCGACAUCUCUCCUCUCGCCCUCAUCGCCUCAUCCGGCCCCGACGGGGCGCCCUUUGACCAGUGUGGUCUGGAGGCGAUUCAGGAGCUGUCAGGGAGCGGUGGGCUGGCAGGCAGCAAGGGCGCCAGACGAACACCUGCUGCAGAGGUCCCUCUACCCCCCAGUGUGUACCGCAGACUAGCCAACAGCACCACCCUUCCCAAUCUCGCCCGAGCUUUGGCCUACCAUAAACAGUGUUUGGACGAGAUGCCUCUACAAGGAUGGCAACCUUCACAUCCCGGUGCUCACACCUCCCUUUCCCCCAACUGCCAUCUGCGCCUCGAGACACAACACACAUCCUUCCCUCUCUCCCUUCCCUCUCUCCCUUUCCUCUCUCCCAUUCACCCUCUCCCCUUCCCUCUCUCCCCUUCCCUCUCUCCCCUUCCUCUCUCCCCUUCACCCUCUCCCCUUCCCUCUCUCCCCUUCCCUCUCUCCCUUUCCUCUCUCCCCUUCACCCUCUCCCUUUCCCUCUCUCCCCUUCCUCUCCCUCCUCCCUUCCUUGCAUCACCGCUACCCUCUUUUGCUCUCCCCGUUCCCCCUUUUUACCACCUUUCUCUUCCUUCACAUCUCAACUGCCCUUUUUCUCAUCCCUGGAGCCUUCCUUCCUCCCGUCACCUCUCCCUUUGUUCCAGUUACAAGCAGGACUAA